UGAGUCCUCAAUUCCUCUUCUGCAGAACAGCUCGGCUACAUUGGUGGCAGCGGUGGGAUACCGUGCGGGUAGUGUGAAGUUUUCAGACAGCACGUGGAAGGAAAAUACCGCGUGUAGCCAGGUCGUUAGUUGUUCGAGAGCUUGGACCUGAGGAAGAUGUGGGAACAAGUGGACGACUCAACAGACACCAAGUUCGAACGCCGUGACCGUUACUACUCAGGCAACGUUCGCAUCGAACUACCCCCGCCCUUCGCCGGAGACGAGGAGCAGGGCUUCCCAUGCUGGGUCCGACAGUAUGAGGUGGCCGUGAGUGCGUUGGUUGGGAAUAAUGACCAGGAAUGUGAAGAUGAACUGAGUCGCAUUUUGCCAACUCGACUGACGAAAGCUGCCUUCCUACUGUGGGACAGCCUACCGAGGGCAGUGCAGAGGGACUAUGCGGCCGUGAAGGCGAGAUUGAUGGAGGCGUUUGGUCAUGGCUACUUUCUGGACCGCUUCAGAACGAAUCUGUCCGCCCGGAUGCGUGCCCCCGGUGAGAGUUUGGACGUUUAUGCUGCGGACAUUAGUCGACUCGUGCAUGAAGCAUUCCCAAACUAUGGACAGGUGGCACAGAGGGAGGAGAAGUACCGCCGGUUCUUAGCUGGACUUGACCCGGCUUUAAGAGCAAAGUGCCAUGAACAGGGGGCAACAGAUCUGGAAGAAGCUUUGAUGAUCGCGAGCAGGUGCGAGAUGGCCAGGGAAGCUCUAAAGAUGGAUUACGGGACCCCUUAUCAACGCUCCGCCCCUGUUCUGCAAGCAGCUGGUACUGUGAAUUCUAUUUGUACACAGUCAUCAUUGGAUCGUUUACUGGAUGAGAUGAGGGAAAUGAGAGUGGAGAUGAAGAAAAUAAUGGAGGAAAAUGACAGAUUGAGAAGGCAGGCAAACAGGAAAGAGUGUGAGUGGUCAAACCGUGGACGAAGGUGUAGAUGCACUUGUGGAGAAUUGGACUGUCAGUCAACUUUGUCCGACCGGCGCUGGCGGGAAAGGAACCGGGAACCCAGUCAGGAGAGAGUGCAUAAUGCUGGAGACCGAGGCCGGUCCCCCAGCCGGCGCAGUCCAGAGGCGACAGGUGGAAACACUCCGAGACGGGGAGGUGUGCGUUUUCUUUCUCCCAGGAGAGGGGAAGCGGGCAAUCAGUCGGGAAAUGCUCAGUAGCUGAUGUUGUGGGCCAGACACCAGCUACGGUCACCAGGGGCCCUGAGUUACAUGGAGACCUGCAUCAACUUUCCAGGGAGCAACACUGCUGCACGUCAUAUAUUAGGGGCAGCGUUGAGGGCACUG